AUGUCUCCCGCCGGCGCCAGCCUCAGCAGCAGCAGCACCAACACCAGCAGCGACGCCCACAUGCUGCAGCUCAGCCCCACGGCAGCCCCUGCGCUCCUGCUACAGCCACCUGCGGGAGCCAUGCUCUACGGCCUCGGUCCCCCGCUCGGCACCGCCAGCAGGUCCACCGCAGCGUCAGGGGAGGAGGGGAGGAGGGACUUUUCUGCCUGUGCCAUCCAUUCUCGGCUUGGAACGGCGGCGCGGUUCAGGAUCGCACGCCGGCUUGUGCGGCCACGUGCUGCUUGGCGUCGCCUUCUCCCGCGGCAAGCGCGCCUGUGCGAAAUCCGGGCUCGCACUGACUGGGAUUCUUGCGUGCUGCCGACGGUUGAUUGGGGAAGCAGAGAAGAUUGGGGGUGGGGGACCGCGUCCCAGUUUCAGCAACAAGUUAGGAACCUCGACGGUGCGGACGCGCGUUUCAUCCGGCGGCGCCCCGGCCGGCUUCCAGCAGGUGCCGAGAUCCGCUUGGAGGGGUCAGGCUGGGCUGGGUGCGACAGCCCGGGGCGCUGCUCCUUCCGGAGACUGCAGGUGGCAGCGGUCUGGUCGUCGCUACAGCACCCGAUCCCGGAGCGGAGCCGCAGCGCGCAGGCAGGGAGCGCCUGCCCGCCGCCCGCCGCGCACUUCACCCCGUGGCGUCCGGGACAUAACAGCAGCCACGCUGCCGUCGUGGGCCGAGGAGCGGUUUUGCGCUUGGAGAGCUCGGCCACUUUCCACUCGCUGCUCAUCCAGGAAGGAGGGAUCUUAGUAUUUGCAGACGAUCCGGAGGAAGCCAUCACCUUACGAGCUCGCAGCAUCCUUCUUGAGGAUGGCGGGGCACUGCAUGUGGGCUCCGAAUGCCGCCCAUACCGUUCCAAGGCCACCAUUUCUCUCUACGGGAAAGCCACCGACGAGGCCAACGUGGAUGGCUAUGGCAGAAAAUUCCUGGGAGUGGGCAGAGGUGGCAUUCUGGAGUUGCACGGCAGGAAGCCUCAAUCCUGGACGCUCUUGGCCCAAACCUUGUACCCAGGUGGACUUCGGUACGGCCGGUACACUUCUGAAAAGCGCUGGAGUAAUCGUGGCCUCAACGUCCGGAUCGUGGAUGCGGGCACAGCCCAGGUCGUGGCCUCUGAACGCUUUGACACGCACCUCCUUGUUGAUGAUAGCCGCAGAUUGAGGGAAUUCCUUGCCCACCAAUCUCCGGGCCAUGUGGUAGCCAUGGCAGUAGGGGAUUCUGCAGCAAAGAGUUUGACCUUGGAGACCAGGCUGUUCCUCAAGAACCUGCUGCACAGCAAAUACAUCCUGCACCUGCAAUACAGGCAGCCUUGGGCUCUGGUUGGAAUCCUUGGCAGUCAUGCUUCUUCCAUCACAGAGGAUGCAACGCCUUCUCAACGCAACGGGACAACAAGGUUGGCAACAGCGACAAGAGAAUUUAAGACAUACGAAGGCAUUGUCUUUACAAUCACUGCUCACAGCGGAUGGAUCAAAGGAGUACCCCAUCAUGGAUUCAAAGUGGAAGUGUCUAGUGGCGUAAUUUUGGAUUUGGUGGACGAAGUGACUAGUUGGCUCCCCGGAGACAAGGUCGUCAUUGCCAGCACGGACUAUUCCAUGCACCAGGCUGAAGAGUUUAAUCUUCUGCCUUGUCCUGAAUGUCAGGCGAACCAAGUGAAGAUUGAUGGAAGUCCCCUCUAUCUCCACAUGGGUGAGAUUGUGGAUGGAGUAGACAUGAGGGCAGAGGUUGGCCUCUUAACCCGAAAUAUACUUAUCCAAGGAGAAAUGGAGGACUCCUGUUAUGGACCAAACCAUUGCCAGUUUUUCAGCGUUGAUACUUUUGGAGGACAAAUUAAAAUCCAAAAAGGUUUUACCUCCGUCCACAUGUCGGGGGUGGAGUUGAAGAACAUGGGCCAGCAGGUCCUAGGCAGCUAUCCGGUACAUUUCCAUCUGACGGGAGAUGUAGAUGAGAGAGGAGGCUACAACCCACCAUCUUACCUUGACAAUCUGGCCAUCCAUCACUGCUUCUCGAGAUGUGUCGCCAUCCAUAGAGCCAAUGGUCUUUGGGUGAAAGAUACCAUUGGCUAUGACACUCUGGGACACUGUUUUUUCCUGGAGGACGGGACAGAGCAGCGGAACACAUUUCACCACAACCUGGCGCUCCUUACCAAGGCAGGCACAAUCUUGCCGACUGACCGCAACGAGGCCAUGUGCCUCGCGAUGCGCGAUAAUGUGCAUAGAGGGUACGUUCCUGUCCCGAGCACCGAUUGCAUGGCUGUCAGCUCCUUCUGGAUUGCUAACCCAAAUAAUAAUCUCAUAGAGAAUGCAGCUGCAGGUGCUCAGGACGUUGGAAUAUGGUAUAUCUUCCACCGGGUUCCUACUGGACAGUCUGAAGGACAGUAUCCAGCCGGGCAGUCUGAACUGACUCCUCUGGGGACGUUUCACAACAACCGAGUCCACUCCAACUUCAAGGCUGGCUUGUUUAUUGGGAAAGGAGUCAAGACGACGAAAGCCAGUGCUGAAAAUCCUCGAGAAUAUCUGACAGUGGAUAACGCCAGAUUCCGUCCGCAUCAGGAUGCCGACCCUGCGAAGCCACGGGUUCCCGCUCUCAUUGAUGGCCUUGUUGCUUUCAAAAAUAACGACCAUGGAGCCUGGGCUAGGGGAGGAGACAUUGUCUUCCGCAACUGUGGCUUUGCAGACAAUGGGAUCGGACUCACUUUAGCCAGCGAUGGAACUUUCCCCAUCGAUGAAGGCUGCAGCCUAGAAGUGAGUCAUUCCAUCUUUGUUGGCGAGAGCAACAAUGUUGGCUCUCAGGGAGGACAAAACAGCUACUGGGGGAAAGGAGCUGGCGGAGAAUAUAGGACACUGCCCCGAAACAAGACGUUUCCGAUCCGUGGCUUCCAGAUAUACGAUGGUCCUGUCCGGCUGACGAAAUGCACAUUUAGAAAGUUUACCCCCACUGUGGACAGGCACUCGAGUGCCAUUGGCUUUUUCAUGAAGAAUGCCUGGCAGAUAAGUCCUCAGAACAAUGCCUCGCUGGUCAGGAUGGAGAGAAGCGUUGGGCUCAGAGUGUUCUUGGGCAGUCCAGGCCAGUGGUUUGGAGACAAUAAUAAUGAUGGCGACAAGGUCUCAAUUUUCCAUGAUUUGGAUGGUUCAGUGACAGGCUAUCCAGGCACCUUCGUGGGCAGGUCAGACAACUAUCUGAUUCGUCACCCGGGCUGCCUUAUCGUCCCAAGGUGGAACGGAAUGAUAUGUGCUGGGAAAUAUGCACAGCUCUAUAUUCAAGCCAGGCGUCCUGAGAAUCUGACCUUAUCAAUUGCCAGAGCCACAUACCAUUUCCAUCCUCUGAGGCUACACGGAGUGAACAGAGGGGUGCCAUACCAACAGUACCAGCCUGUGGUGAUGCUGGAGCAAAGCUAUAUUAUCCAGUGGGAUGGCAGAGCACCAGAAGAUGUCAUCCUUUACCCGGUCAACUUCAAUAGGGGAGACUGGCUCCAUGUUGCUUUGUGUUACCCAAAGGGAACGGUGUUCACUGUUGUGGGGGACAUUUACCAGCGGCAGACGGGGCGAGCGCACAGCGUAAUGCACUACCAGGCAGCCUCAUCCCACCAUACCGUGUUGAAUGGGACUGAUGAACGGCUCUUUUACUUCGACAAUGCAUCAGGGUAUCUCUUUGUCCAACUUCAAGCACAUGAAAUUCGGAAGGGCCACAGCUACUGCUCUCAACGUGGCUGCGAACGCCUUAAGAUAACAGCCUCGAUGCCCGAGGGGCAUCCCUGGAGUUGUGCUCCUAAUCCCUUUUUGGAAAAAGACAUCGGGAGGAAAGCUUCACAGCCCGCAAGGAUCCAGCACCGGGCUGUGCCUUGCAGUCAAUGCGGGGCUCCUUGGGUUGCUGUUACUAGUACGCCUUCAGUUAAAUACCUUCGGAUCCAAAUCCAGUCUGUCAGAAGGGCAGACCUGGAGAACUACUCAAAGGCGGCUUUUAUUAAGGUCAACGAUGACCUUUUCCUGUUCCAUGGCCGGGGGAUACUUUUCCUGGUUCUAGACGCAUGCUCGGGCGCAGUUGUGAGCCUGCAGCAUGUUGAUGCAGCCGCCGCUUCAAAGGCUGCCAGCACCGUAACCAAUUAUGUUGAAACAACUAUAAAUGAGAGAUCUAUUGUUCUUGUGUGUACUAGAGACCCUGCCAAAGUCAUGGGAACCUCUUUAAUGCCUGUGUUUACCACGUUAGGCUCUGCAAAGCCGAUUGCGUUCCACAAAAAAGGUAGUUUUGCGAUGCUUGGAUAUAAAGGAGACCCCACACCCUACUGGAUUAAAAUCCACAACCACGCUGCUGAUCAGAAAUCCGCUUCUCUUCAAUAUUAUGUGCCCCUGGUGCUGAGAGAGUACAGAUGCUCAGUUGAUGCAACAAAACUUCAAGACUUUGUGAAAACCGAGGAGGGCAAAACUCCACAAAGGCUAGAAAACAAACACAACUGAACUGUGCUGUGUUCGUUGGCUUGCCUGUAAGGAGGGGGCAUAACUCUAGUCUUCUUGUUUUUACAAGAUUGUAAAAAAAAUAACUUUAUUUUGCAGCUAAUAAAUAUAUUCUGAUAUGACAAAGUGGGAGGGGAAGUGUAGUUUGUGUUUUUUUUUUUCAGAGCCUGUACUCUUUUCGUUUCUAUCCAGAAUAGUGCUGUGGUUUAAGUCUGGUUGGAAGCCAGACCUCUAUCCUGAAAGCUCUGUUCUUUAAUCCUAGAAAUGUGGAGGUGAGGUGCAAUUAAUCAGUGAAAAACAAAAAUGCACUCUGCAUUUGCACAGAGGCACUCUUUGAUGUCACUUCAGUGUAUUCCAGGACUGAAUGCUGGCAUUGGCAAUCUCAUUAUGGGGAUGGGUAAUGCUAGCCCAACAUCUUUUUUUUUUUUUAAUGUAGCACCCCUCCCUUUCUUCUAGUUGAUGUGUGUUUUCUAAACGGCAAAAUCAGGGAAAUGGCAGCCCAUCUUGUAUCUGCUCUUUCAAUUGCUUUAGGGGAAAUCCAGACUAGGGAUGUCAGAUAAUUCUGUCAAAGACUGAAAUGGGAGCAGACAUUGCCACAAUUUGCAGGUUCACCCAAGGUCAGGAAUGGAAAUUAUGCAAGCUGAUAUGAGCAGAAUUCACUAUUGUUUUUUAAUCCAUGAACUUAGGUAAGUAACUCUGUUUGGUGGUAUUCAACUACGUUUUACUUACAGUAGACCUAUUUUGCUCAUUCAUGUCAGUGGGUCUACUCUGAAUAAAACUUAAUUGAAUACCACUUCUUAGUUUUUGUAUUGCAUUGGCAUUUCCCUUCCGUGGAAAUGUGUUGAAAAUUAUGUUACCUUCAGCCAGAGCAGAUAGCAAGACAUAUAAUGUGGGUUUCAGCAGAGGCUGAACUGUAGUAGAACAGAAACAGCGCUGGUUGAGAUGAACACAGGACAGCACAGAAAUCACUUCCUCCUUGCAUCCAUAAUCCAGACAGUUUACAUAUUCUGGGCCUAAGACUAAGUUCCAAUUAAGACAUGCCUAGAUGGAAUCGCUUGCAGCAGUUCCCAUAGGAACUGUCCCUAUAGGAUUUCAUACAAAACAAAAUUACUGCUUCUGGGAUCCAGGCACAAAACAGUUCAUCAGUGAAUGGAUCUAAAGCAGGCAUAGGCAACCUUGGCUCUCCAGAUG